GUCAUCUUCUGUUCGUAACUCUCUGCACUCCAAGGCCAAUUCUGGAGGUAAAUCUCCCAGAAUGCAACUGUCUCCCAGCAGAGGAGGAGCUCUCUGGUCUUUGCAGCCGGAGACGGUGGAGACUGUCUUCCAGUCGCUGCGCAGAGGACUCAAGGAGUACCUGGAGGGUCACAAGGCAGAGAUGGACUUCCUGUCUUCUCAGCAGAGAGAGACCAAGAGGAACUCCAGACUUGCUUUUCUGUAUGAUCUGGAGAAGGAGAUCAGAGCUUUGGAGAGAUACAUACGGAGAUUAGAAUUUCAACUCAGCAAGGUGGAGGAACUGUAUGAGACGUAUUGUAUCCAGUGGAGGCUGUGUCAGGGAGCGGUGAACAUGAAGAGAGCCUUCUCCCUGUCUCCCUCCACCAGAGCCUCCAGAGACAGCCUGCUGGAGCUCAGCCGCAACCACACACUCAGCCUGCAG